AUGUCAUUGGAUCAAUUUAUUCGCUUUGCGGAUACCCUGGUCGAAUUCGAGGCUGACCUUAACAACAAUCAGUAUCCUGUGGAUUCGGUUCAUACCAUCGAAGUCCAUCGUGGUGAACUGAGAUCCAAUUGGAAUCGAGUUAAGAUAGCAUACGAUAACUUUUUGUCCGAUAUUGAGAAAGAAAGGGGCCAAACUGAAGAUCCAAUUGACGUAGAGUCUUUUAAGAUAAAAUACAAGAGUACAUAUACGACGUACUGUAAUUGUAUGAAAAAAUUGUCCGAAAUCUGUGAUGAGCUUCGUAUAGGGUCCUUGCCCCAUCCAGAGCUUUUAAUGCCAAACAUUUCUGCUCCUGCUAAUCCUGUUCCUAAUAUCCCUGCUUCUUCUAGUGCGUCACGAGAGUUUCCUACUUCGUUUCCUUCCGAAUCUCAUAGUUUUCACUUGCCACCUGUUGAGAUCGAAACAUUUCAUGGUGAAUAUUCCUCCUGGCCCACCUUCCGAGACAUGUUUACCGCAGUCGUAUCCAACUCUCGGGCAAGCAAUGUCGAGAAGUUAUUCUUCUUAACGCGGAAAACCACAGGUGAGGCCAGAGAAAUCGUUCAAAAAAGUCCCUUAACAAAUCAAGGUUUCGACUUGGCAUGGAACAAUUUGUGUUUGCGAUAUGAGAACCGAAGGAUAUUGGUUAAUGGUCAAUUAAAGAUCUUGUUUAACCUAAAGGCUUCUCAUUCCGAAUCAGGAAACUCUCUGAAACAAUUACAAAGAGAUAUAAAUUCUUGUAUCUCUAUCCUGAAACUUUAUAAUAUAGAUGUCGGAAGUUGGGAUCCUAUAUUCGUAUUCAUAUGUACGAGUAAACUGCCAGAGAACACCUUGACACUGUGGGAACAACAGUUAAAGGAUAAAACUUCCAUUCCAAAGUGGUUAGAAUUAGACGAAUUUUUAACUAAUCGCUACAGGACUCUAGAAUCUGUUUCCGAGAUUCGUGGUUCAAGCAGUUCUAAAAAUAAUGAUCCGAAACCCCAAAAUAUGUCUAUUUCAAAUUCGAAUAAAAAAAUUCACAGCUUUCAGACUAAUGUAUCUCUUCCAAAGUGUCAAUUGUGUCCUAAAGAAGAACAUACCAUACGUAAAUGUCCUAAGUUUUUAAAAAUGAGUUAUCAACAACGCCUUAACGAAAUCAAGAAGGAGAGUAUGUGUCUGAAUUGCUUUUCAAAAACGCAUAGUGUCAGAAACUGCACUAGCAAGCAUACUUGUUUCAAAUGCAAAAAAAGACACAAUACUCUUCUGCAUAAGGAAGAUGAUAACUCUAAUUCUUUUCACCAUGGUCCAAGUUCCAGUUCGACACUCAAUCCUACUUCGGCCGCCUUUUCCCCUUCAAAUUCAGGUCCAAUACAGUCCAUUAAUACUUCAACUUCAGGCCAAGUUCAAUCUUGUUUCGCUUCGAAUUCAACGAGUGUUUUACUUGGAACAGCGUGGGUGAAUAUACUCCAUUUAGGCACGAAAUAUCAGGUACGGGCACUAAUAGAUUCAGGUUCAGAGGGAACUUUUAUAUCCGAACGUCUUCUCAAUACCCAUAAGCUUCCCUCACACCCUACCAAUGCCCAGAUUUCGGGCCUGAAUAACACUAUUUCGGCAAAAGUUCAACGCCAAUGCUCUCUGGUACUAGGCUCUAACAUGGAUAGCGACAUCGCAAUUCCUAUCACAGCUCUUGUAGUUCCUCAUUUGUCCAAUAAUCUCCCCUCUCAGAACUAUUCCUUUUCAAGAUUUUCGAGUAUUCCAAAUAUACAAUUAGCGGAUCCUAAGUUCUAUUCCAGUUCGAAAAUUGACAUGCUGAUUGGUGGCGACAUAUUUCCAAUGAUUGUUCGUUCUGGGAUUAUACAUAAUGUUUGUGAAUCUCUUUUAGCUCAAGAAACCAUUUUUGGGUGGAUUCUUACUGGUCCGGUUUCUCGUCAUACCAAUCCAUGUCUUUCUAUUGUUUCACAUUUCUGCGAAAUUACCUUAGAUAAGGCAAUUUCGCGCUUCUGGGAGGUGGAGAAUCUUCCAAAGAAGAACUUUUUGUCUGCUUCUGAUCGGACAUGUGAAGAGCUAUACGUUCAAACAACGCGUAGGAAUUCAGAUGGUCGGUACAUUGUGUCGUUACCAUUCAAGGAUGGGUUUCCAGAGAAUCCAAACCUUGGCCAUUCUAGAUCCAGUGCAAUGGCACAAUUUCUUAGAAAUGAGGCUAGACUAAUUCGAAAUGCUGACCUUAAAUUGGAAUAUGACAAGGUUGUUCGUGAAUACGAAGAACUUGGACACAUGACCAAAGUAAAUUCUUCCAAUAUUAAUCAAAAUAAUGUGUAUUAUCUUCCUCACCAUGCUGUGGUUAAGCCUGAAAGCGUUACUACAAAGGUUCGCGUCGUUUUUAAUGCUUCGUCCCCAUCUUCCAAUGGAUUGAGUCUGAAUUCUGUCCUUCAUGUAGGUCCUAUUCUACAAAAUGAUCUCACUUUACUGAUUCUUAGGUGGCGAUUCUUUGAAUUUGUUUUCAAUGCCGAUAUUCAAAAAAUGUAUAGACAGAUAUUAGUUGACCCAAAACACACCCCAUACCAAAGAAUUCUAUUCCGCGAUACUCCAAAUAGUUCAAUUGGUGAUUACGAAUUGAAAACAGUCACCUUCGGCUUAAAUUGUGCUCCCUAUUUGGCAAUUCGUACGCUUCUACAACUUUCGGAUGAUGUUCGGGACGCUUUCCCCAUAGCAAGUUCAAUUCUCCGAAAAGCAAUGUAUGUGGACGAUGUUCUGGCCGGAGCUCAUUCAAAACGAGAUGCUAUUCUAGCGAAAAAUGAGCUAAUUCAUGCAUUACAAUCAGCUGGGUUCGAGCUGAGGAAAUGGACAUCUAACUCCGUGGAUAUAUUAGAGGAUCUUCCAAAGGAUCAUUUACUUCAUGAACAUUUUCUAAAAUUCGAAGAUAAUAGUUCGGCAAAAACGCUUGGAAUUCGAUGGAAUGCUCAUUCCGACGAGUUUUAUUUUGACGCAAAACAGUUCGAUAAGAUUUCUGCAUACACAAAAAGAGAAGUUCUCUCCAGAAUAGCAAAAUUGUUCGAUCCUGCUGGCUGGCUAGCGCCAUGUAUAGUUCUUGCUAAAAUUCUAAUGCAAAAAAUAUGGAUAGAUGGCACUGAUUGGGACGAGCAUCUAUUGCCGGAUACGCUCGGUCAGUGGAAGUCGUUCGAAGACAGUUAUUUGUCGAUCAAUUCCAUACGAAUUCCUCGAUGGAUUGGUUAUGUUCCCAAUUCUGAAGUCCAGUUCCACGGAUUUUGUGAUGCUUCAGAAAAGGCCUACGCAGCAGCAUUGUACAUUCGAAUAUCAACGAAUUCCUCGGUCCAAACAAGCUUAAUUUCAUCCAAAACCAAAGUUGCCCCAAUAAAGACUCUGUCCAUUCCGAGACUUGAGCUUUGUGGGGCUUUACUUCUAGCUGAGAUGAUUGAGAACCUCAUACCAAGCCUAGAUGUGGAGAACUAUACAAUCUCAUGUUGGACAGAUUCUAUAAUUGUGAUUUCCUGGCUGGCAAAACCACCAUGUAAUUGGCUCACUUUCGUUGCCAAUCGUGUUUCAAAAAUCAGCCAAAUAGUACCUUUUUCUAAAUGGAAUCAUAUAGUUUCUAAAGAAAAUCCAGCUGAUUUAGCAAGUCGUGGCAUUUCCCCUUUAGAAUUAAAAAACAGUGAACUGUGGUGGUUUGGCCCAUCAUGGCUUAAGAAUUCCACUUCUGAAUGGCCAAACCAACGUUUAUCCAGUAUUCCAGUUACUGAUUUAGAAGUCAAACCUGUUCGAGUUCACUUUACGUAUUUUUCCGACUUUGAUGAUUUGUUAGAAAGAUUUUCGUCUUUUCCUAGGGCUAUGCGUGUAAUGGCAUAUGUUUACAGGUUUUACUAUCGUACUCACCCAAGGUUUCGUUCGAAUUUCUACAGAGAUUCUACUCUGGUCACUAGUUCGGAGAUAGUUUCAAUUCGUGACAAACUUAUUUCAGUGUGUCAAAAGGCUGCGUUUCCAAAUGACUACCAGGCUCUUUGUUCUCGAAAAAAUCUUCCGAAAUCCAGCAGUAUUCUCAACCUAAACCCGUUCUUAGAUCCAGAAGGUUUAAUACGUUCUUGUGGUAGGCUAGAGUUUUCUUCUGAACUAUCAUAUAAUGAAAAGCAUCCGAUUAUUAUUCCAUACAAUUCCAAAUUUGCCAGACUUUUGGUACAGUUUAUUCACGAUAUAUCCUUACAUGGUGGAAACCAAUUAGUUCUUCGAGUCCUGCGGACACAAUAUUGGAUACCCAAGGCCAAAAAUCUUAUAAAGGCGACCAUCAACAAUUGUAAAACUUGCGUAAUUUAUAAGAAGCGCUGUCAACGACAGAUAAUGGCUGCUUUGCCAGCUGAACGUUGCGAAAUUAGCCGUCCUUUUACUCAUACAGGACUAGACUUCGCUGGUCCUUUCGACGUUAAGAGCUAUUCUGGUCGCGGUUGUCGCACUACAAAGGGAUAUGUCUGUGUAUUCGUCUGUUUUUCCACCAAGGCAAUUCACCUGGAGGCAACAUCCGACCUCUCCACUCCUGCCUUCCUAGCAGCAUUCAGCAGAUUCGUUUCACGUCGAGGAUGUCCUUUACAUCUUUAUUCUGAUAACGGGACUAACUUCGUUGGGGCAUCUAGAACUUUAGCUAAGGAAUUUCUUCAAACCACACAACAGCGCAUUCAAGCCAACUAUGCUCAUCAAAAUAUUACGUGGCACUUUAUUCCAGCAGGCGCCCCUCAUAUGGGUGGUUUAUGGGAGGCAGGAGUUAAAAGCUUCAAGUCCCAUUUCCGGAAAACGGCCGGUUGCUUCAAAUACACACACGAAGAAUUAUCCACACUACUUUCCAAAAUUGAGUCUUGCUUAAACUCCCGUCCGAUUUCUCCAAUGUCUACUGAUCCAGCAGACCUUUGCGCCCUUACUCCGGGUCAUUUUCUUAUAGGUCAAUCCUCGUCCAGACGUAAAGAAGAGGCCUUGCCACCAUCGACAUCAAAAUUUACAUCAAAAUCGACAUCGUUAACAUCCAUUCUGCGUCAGAAUACAUUGGUACUUUUACCAACCGUACUGGUAAAGGUCUCUUCUCAUCAUGCUAGGUGCUUACUGGACUCAGCAUCUACGGUUAGUCGCGUCUCAAAAGGAUUCGAUUCGAGUUCAAAAAUCGAGGGAACCUUUAGGGUAGAUAAUCGGAUAGCUCUCCGAACUCCAUCAGAAUCCCUUCCUGAACACUACAAAACCCAUUUUCGCGAUAUGUUCUUAGCCGAUUCCAAAUUCUAUGAAUCGGCUUCAAUUGAUAUG